CUUCCUAUUUAUUUGAAAGCCUUUUCUGAAGCAAUUUAUAAUAACCAGCCAUGAUUCUUCACGGAAAUUUCAAUAAUUCGGGCAUUCACUACUAACAGUUGAUUGUUUAUUACCCUCUGUCUCUUUCUACAAUAUUGUUUUUAGUCGCACAUCAUCCCUGGUGCCUAUUAAUCAGGUUGUGUGACAGUCAAGUAGACUGUGUUUGUCAAACGGUUUUGUGAAAUAAAGUACAUACCGGUGAUCCCACCCAGUUUAUUUCGAAUCUACGUACGAUUAACUGCUUAUUCUAGUGGUUGAGACAUUUGCAACUUGUGCCUUCUCUAUAUGGUGUUCUGUUAGUGUUCACACGUUCGGUGUUGGUUGCUGAUUUUCAAACACCGGUAACUUGGCAAAUUCUCCAGUAUUACAAGCAACAAGUGCUACGAUACAGGCGAUCUAGCCACGAUACAGGCGAGAUAACCAAUUUCUUACUAUGGAUAACAAUAUUCAAGCUAAAGUCAGCAAGUCAGGCACAUCUACUAAGGACAUGACUGAACAAACUCCAACUACAAGUUUGAUGGUUAACGACGCCUCGAAGCCUUCGAAGGUGCGAAGCUACGUAGCUACUGAUACAGCUAGAUCAACCUCAAAGAAAGCUGAGCAACUGUUGCUGGGCCAAAGUGUGUCCCGUUCUGAAGUGAGAGGAAAGCGAAAACUGUUGGCUACUAGUCUCAGGCGAACCAAAAAACCGAAAUACAUGCAGGAUCCAGAACCGCCAGGCUCUAAAGUCGUGGUUGAAAAAAUUUAUCGGGUAAUUUCGGUUUCAAACAGCACAAGUGUCGGAUAUGCUUCACAAGGUUUGGAUGUUUUGGAAACUCCUGUAGCCGCUGAGUCGAGUUGUAAGAAUUCCCAGAAGAUCUCAGUGGUUCAUCCCGCUUCUCCAAGCCGCUCAAAUGUUGUCGAACCCACUGUAACAAACUCUUCAGAUCAAAGUCAAUAUCUUAAUGAUAGCCCAAACAAAAUACCUCCAUCAUCAUCAACAGCCUCGGUCGCAGGUUUCCUUGAGCAUGACACCUUAGAAAAAGCAUUCGAAGUACUCGAUUUUCUGGAGAGCGAUGCCCUAGACAUUUUGAUAGAAAACGUGAUGAAUAUUGUGAACAAAUUAUGCGGAAGCUAUUUAGAGCGCGAACUGACCGAAUAUUUGGGACCAAUCACUUACCAGCAUAUAGCUGAACAUGAAAGAAUUGCCAGUUCGGCUGCAGCCAAUAGGUUUUCAUCAUUUGAUAACAAAUCCAGUGAGCUUUUUAUAGAAGCUGACAAAUCGAUUGCAGAACGACUCAGAGUAUUGCAGAAACAGGAAGUACCAGAGGAAAAUGCCAGUUGGCAAAAUGUUGAAAUGAAAAGGAAUUUGCUUGGGGAAAUAUUAAAUGACACAGAAUGUGAUGACCAAGUAAAGAGUGCAUCUCCUCCUACUUACGGUUGUUCAUUUAACGAGAUGGAGUCAUUAAAUAAUUUUGAGAAGAAUACGGAAUCUGUUGUGUUAAAGGGGCCUAUUUUAUCUCCUCUAAAGGUUAAUCCCAGUCAAUUAUCCCAGCCAUCCACUGCAGGAGCCAGCAGCACAACUCAAGACGGCAAUCCAAGAAUAAUCAAACUAAAAAACAUGAUUUCUGGAGACAUACUGACAAGUCAUUGGACCAUUAGCAAUGAUGAGAAGAAAAAAUUAAAUCGUGUUUUCUAUCGGAUAACGUUGCCCUCCACGACAAAAAAAGCCGAAACUAAAAUAAUACAAAAUAUGUAUGUGCCAAACGAAUCCAGCAGCCAAAAGGGUCAAAUCGGAAGCAGUUCAGCGUACAAGUCUGUAACCGAGUUGGUGCAACCUGAAGACCCUCUAAUCCACACCAACCCAAAAGCGGUCAAAGCUGAAGAAGUUAAUCCUAAAAAAAGAGAUGAGAAUCCACUUCUGACUCUCAGCUUUCAGACGCAUCCGGGAACACCGACUUCUAACAGAAAAAACCAACCGCAAAUUUCCGUUGAAAGGCCAAAUCAGAAAAGUAAUGGCAGACAUUCUGUUUUAAAAAAAAAUGUAGUUGCGGGCAAAUUGUUGAAAACACCGGUGACUUACGUGGCAAGUCCCAAUGAAAAAGAAAAUGUGGGAGAUUCCUCUCAAGAACCAGCAACCAUCAUCAGAGAUACCAACACAAAAUCAACCGCUCUCAGAUGCUAUUCUAGAUCGCAAUUAUCUGCAAAAACAAAUAAAAUUUCAAACAGAAAAACCCCUGAGAGCCAACUUUCCGCUACCAAGAACAAGCCAACGACAUCAACUGGCGCACAUGUGAAGAGCGGCGAAAUUAUUACGAUUACCAGCGAAGAUUAUGUAAAAACAGUUCCAGAAGUUGCAGUGAAAACAACAGGCCAACCCGAAUUACAGAAAUUAGACGAAUGCGAUAGUGAAAGCGAUUUAAAUUGCCCAACAAUUCGUUCUGAUAUGGACAUCGAUAAAUCAAUUGACGAAAAUUGCCGAUUGCUUGUUAAUCAAAUCACAACAGAUACUGAAGAUGAGGUCGAUUGCUUGGAAACAGACUCAAUCGAAGAAAAGUACGUUCUCGAUGAAUCGCUAUCACCGCUUCAAAGCAUGACGACCAAUGAUACAAGCGACUGUAAAACUUCAAGUGGUUCAGAAGGGAAAAAGAGCGCUGAAAUUAAUAAAGUGGAAUCAAAAGGAGCAAAUAUCGAAGAUAUUAUAAAAGUCACCCGGAAUUUGAACCAAUUAAGCAUUGUGAGUGUUGCGGAUAGCAUUAGUCGGAAGCAACGCGAUCAAACAGGUGUGGACUCGAGCAACGAAAGUAUCAAUGUAACAAAAAUUAAAACGUAUGAGAAAGUAAGCAAGAAGUCGGAAAAAGCGGGGAUUAAUAACGCAGAGAUAAAGACAGUUAAGGACAGUACGCACAUCAGUAAACUAAACAUUUGCACUGGCAAUAAAGUAAGUUUGCGGGAUUUUCGCAGAGUAUUAACUGACACAAACCUAAGCAAUAAAGAAAGUUUGCCAAAUUUGGAUAAAGAAAAUAUCGAUUUAACUAAUGGCAUUACAGUGAAAAACUUGCCAGCCGAAAUUAGUACAAAACUCAGGAUUUUAAGCCAAAGGGACGUCAGAAUUAGUAAAGUAACCAGUUUAUUGAAAACCUCGACGUUGUUACCGUGUCACAUUGAAGAAGCAAAAGAAAAUCAAGAAUGUGAAGAAAUUGACAAGAAACCUGAAGAAACGCUGAUUAAUGAGAAACAGACUAGUAAGGAUAAUCUUCAUAUCAGUGAACUGAAAAAAGAUCCGAUGAAAGUAAGUGAAGGACCUGAACUGAAAUUGCGGAAUUUUUGCGAAAAGGCGACUGAUUUAAAAAUAGAUAAAAACUUUUUCAAUUUGGAUAAAGACAGCCUUGAUGCAAAUAAUGGAAUUACAUUGAAGAACUCGUGUGGUCACCAUAGUGAAAAAAACAAGAUGUUCUCCCAAAAGAUCAUUGAAAUUUCUCCGACUUCAUUACGGUGUACCAAUGGAAAAGCAACAACUGCGUUUGUGCAAACUGAGGUAAAUUCAAAAAGGGAAAAUAUCAGUAAUACAGGCGACAAAACAGGUGAGGAAAUUAGCAAGAAAUUUGAAGAAAAAUGUAUUAAUAAGAAAGAGGCGAGUGAGGACAACCUCCAUGUCAGUGAACUAAAGGCAGAAACUUGCCAUGGAGUAAAGUUGCAGAAUUUUCGCAAAGAAAUAACUGAUUCAAACAUAAAAAAGACAGAAAGUUUUUCCAAUCUGAAUAAAGAAAACAUCGACACAAAUAAUGAAAUUGCAGUGAAGAACUCAUGUGGCCAAGAUAGUGAAACAAUAAAGAUUUUCUCACAAAAGAUCAUUGAAAUUUCUCCGACUUCAUUACGUUGUACGUAUGGAGAAGCAACAACUGCGUUUGUGCAAACAGAGGUAAACUCAAAAAAUGAAAAUAUCAGUGAUACAGGCGACAAACCAGGUGAGGAAAUUAGCAAGAAGUUUGAAGAAAAAUGUAUUAAUAAGAAAGAGGCUAGUGAGGACAACCUCCAUGUCAGUGAACUAAAAGCAGAAACUUGCCAUAGAGUAAAGGUGCAGAAUUUUCUCAUAGAAAUAACUGAUUCAAACAUAAAAAAAGCAGAAAGUUUUUUAAAUGUGAAUAAAGAAAACAUCGACACAAAUAAUGAAAUUGCAGUGAGGAACUCAUGUGGCCAAGAUAGUGAAAAAAUAAAGAUUUGCUCACAAAAGGUCAUUGAAAAUCCCCCGAUUUCAUUACCGUGUAACAAUGAAGAAGCAACAACUGCGUUUGUGCAAACGGAGGUAAAUUCAAAAAGCGAAAAUAUCAGUAAAACAGGCGACAAAACAGGUGAGGAAAUUAGCAAGAAGUUUGAAGAAAAAUGUACUAAUAAGAAAGAGGCUAGCGAGGACAUCCUCCAUGUCAGCGAACUAAAAGCAGAAACUUGCCAUACAGUAAAAUGGCAGAAUUUUCACAAAGAAAUAACUGAAUCAAACAUGGAAAAGACGGAAGGUUUUUGCAAUGUGAAUAAAGAAAACAUCGACACAAAUAAUGAAAUUUCAGUGAAGAACUCAUGUGGCCACGAUAGAGAAAAAAUACAGAUUUUCUCACAAAAUAUCAUUGAAAAUCCCCCGACUUCAUUACGGUCUACCAAUGGAGAAGCAACAACUGCGUUUGUGCAAACGGAGAUAAAUUCGAAAAGCGAAAAUAUCAGUAAAACAGGCGGCAAAACAGAUGAGGAAAUUAGCAAGAAGUCUGAAGAAAAAUGUAUUAAUAAGAAAGAUGCUAGUGAGGACAACCUCGAUGUCAGUGAACUAAAAGCAGAAACUUGCCAUACAGUAAAAUGGCAGAAUUUUGGCAAAGAAAGAACUGAUUCAAACAUAAAAAAGACAGAAAGUUUUUUUAAUGUGAAUAAAGAAAACAUCGACACAAAUAAUGAAAUUGCAGUGAAAAACACAUGUUUUGACAAUGAAAAGGCAAAUACGGUUUUUGAACCAGAUGAUUUGACAAAAGCUCAUUCAACUCAGAUCCAACAGGCUAUUCCACAAUUCAGCGAAAAUCCACAGAGUAAUAAAACUUCAAAAGAAAAAAAACUUUCUAUGAAGAAACCGAUUAAAUUACGAUCUUCUAAGGACACAAGGAAAAGAACCAGCAACCAACGUAGUCUGUUAAACCGACAGCGAUAUGCUCUCAUUGCAAAGAUUUCAAUGGUAUCAAAAACAAUUCAAAAUCGUGUUCGGAACUCUGAACGCCUGGCUCAUCGCAUAUUCAACAAUAAAUUAUUGAAGCGAACUUUAGCAAAACUUUCUUUCUAUUUUUGGUUCUUAAAAGCAAGAAGGAUUUCGUGUUUGGACGCGAUUGAUUUCUACUCCAGUGAUCGAAGAGCUUUCAUUGUCCCAAGGAAGACUCAGCGAACUAACAGGAAAGCGGAUUCUUUGCCAGUUCCUAUCCCGCAGCCGAAAAAUAUGAAUGUUACACAUUUGGAUGACGGCUUAAAGAACGGUAGAGAAAUUGAAGUCGACGAAUACACCAAACCCUUGGAGAUUUUGAAAGAAACCAAAUCGGAUUCCCAGCUUUUACUAGGAGAUUCUCAGGAGAAACCCACUGCUGGUCCCGAUACGGCACUGAGGCGAUCAUCUUCGGCAUCUAAAGAUUCCAACGAAAUUAUUCAAUGUUUCUUCUAUGAGAAACCGGAAGUUUAUUGUGAGGAAAAUCCACUGGAAUUGAAGGAGACUAAGCGAAUGGAGGCAGAGCAGCAGGAAUCGCUGAAUUCUUUGAAGAAUGGCCCCAGUUCUACAUGUUCCGCUGGAACCAAUAACCCGAAAAGUAAACGCCAGCGUUGUAGGCAGCAGCAAGUGAGAGAGCAGACUCGCUAUUUUUUGAGGAAGCGCGGUAAUAAUUUACCAAAAAACACACUGAAGUAGAUGGGAUAGAUACACAGGGUAUGUGGCUGAUUAGCAUUAGUUUAAUGUGAUUUUGUUCUUAAGUGUUUAUCUCAAUUUAGUUUGUAAGUUUCACAAUUUAUUACUCACAGAGUUGGGUUGAUCAUUUUGAAAACAAAUAUCGAUGCAGUUAGAUGCGUUAUUAGUUUUACAAGUUGCGAAGGCCCUAAAUUGGGCAUUCAUAUUUUUAUUUGUUUUGUGAUAUUAUCAGAGUUUUAAUGUUUAUAUUUUAUGUUGUGUUUGUUUGUUUAUGUUUAGAUUUUUCAGUGUUUGUUUCCUGCUUGUGUAUGGCUGGAGUCCCGCGAUUAAACCGGGUCACUAUAAACGGAAGAUUCAUUUAUUUUUGCUUGUGGUUAACAUUUUAUUUUAUUUGACAAACUUUUAGAAGCCUAGUAGCAAUAAAGAUUAGAUAGAGAUAGGCUUUAGAGGCCAUUCCUUGCAACUUGUGAGUUUUUCGGGUUUUUAGGCCGUCGUACAAAAUAAUUUCUUCCUGACGUUUCGCAAGCACCAGUGCCUUGCAUCUUCAGAGGUGGUUUGCUCGAAAGCUGAUUGACCAGUACAGUGUAAGCUAUCAAGCAAACCAGCUCUGAAGAUGCAGGCCACUCGUCCUUGCGAAACGCCAAGAAAAUUUUUUUGUGGAUGUAAAAACCCGCAAAACUCACAAGUUUCAAUAAAAAUUAGGCCCGUAACGAUCUGUACAUUUCGAGCUUUACGCUUGAAGAGGAAAAAGAAAUGUUAUUGCUUUAAGGAGUUUUCUUUUAUUUUUGUUUCGUUCAGCAAUACCUCUGAUGAAUUAUCGCAAGAUCUCAUUAAAGUCAAAUAUUUGCCAUAAUUUAAUCGGUAAUUUCAGUUUAAGGUAAACUUGAUGUUCACAUUUUCUUAUUUAGUAGAUUUUAGGUAACGUUAUGUUGGUGCCUUUGCUCUGUUCGAACGCAUAGAAACUUUACAGAGUUUCAUUUCUAAUCAGCUGGAGUUAAAUAUAUUUUUUACAAUGCCUAGGUAUUAGACUGUUGCCAAGAUUUACUUAAAAAACAUAGUUCUUAUCAUACAUCUACUAUUUAAGACAUUGGAAUUACAGGGGCUUAUCAGAAACACCGAAAGUAUUUCUUUCUCCUGCAGGAGAUUCAAGCGAGACUGAUUUUAACAUUUUAAAAACAAUUGAUUAGUUUUUGUACACUCAAUCCUAAUGCCUCGUCCAGAGCUAACGAGCCGAGCCUGAUCAGCGGCAAAUUCCUUUAUUUCGUCAAAACA